GAAUGAUUAAGUUGUCUGAGUGACAACAAUGGAAACGAUGUUGUUAUUCAGAAGGAAUUGAUGACGAGAGCGGGUGGUCAUAGAGGAAUACUUCCAAAGAGAGGGAAAAAGGAGCAACUGUUGAAACCUGGAAAUAUAGAUACCAAGCAAAGGAAAAAGAUUGAAAAUAUUUACCUAUGGAUAUGUAGACGACGUCGAAAGCUGUUUUCCACUUUAUUUUCAGAAAAACGUGUACAAAGAAGAAACUUGGCCGUGGCCACUUGGGAUGCAGAGAGACUUGAGGCGAUGGUAAAAGUUCCCAAGGGGAAAAUAUUUCAGACGUUGGGUUAUUUUGAGUCUUCCAAACAAUAUUUGGAUCCUUUGGAAGUGUUGUUCUUGGUGGAUAUAGGAAUACUUCAAUUACAAGUCGGUGAAACAACAGCUUCUGUGCAAUUAGCAUAUCAAUUGGCUGUAGAAGCCGGAGUCGAUUGGAAUGCUUUUCUGGUGUAUGCACAUCUUAGGAGACUAGGGUUUAUCGUUCGAAAAUCGUAUCGAAAUGAAUUGCAACUUCCCUAUUCUGUUAAUUUUGAUGUCUGGAAACCAGGUACUUGGAAACGAAGGAUCGUGAGAAACCCAUACUUUUAUUGUAUUGUUUGUUCCUUUUUGGAUCGUCCUUUGAUAUGGGAGCAGGUCCAAAUGGUUUGUAGGCGUUUAUCUCCGAUCGGUGUUCGGCUGGCUACAGUGGAACGUUCCGCUGUUACUUUUUUUGAUUGUUCUGACGGCUCUUUAUGGAGUAAGGUUGAAGAAAUAUAGUUGUAUAUUAUAAACACGCGAUAACAUUU